AUGCUCCUGCUCUGGGCCCUGCUGGCCCUCGGAUGCCUGCGGUGUGGCUGGACUGUGAACCUCCAGCCCCAACUGGCCAGCGUGACCUUUGCCACCAACAACCCCACCCUCACCACCGUGGCCUUGGAGAAACCUCUGUGCAUGUUUGAUAGCUCAGAGCCACUCAGCGGUACUUAUGACGUUUACCUCUAUGCCAUGGUCGACUCAGCCAGCUCCAGGAAUGUGUCUGUACAGAGCAGCGCCGGAACUCCACUGAACACUACCUCCCAGCAAACCCAGGGCGGGAGGUCGGGCCCCUACAAAGCUGCGGCUUUUGACCUGACCCCUUGCGGUGACUUGCCCAGCCUGGAAUCUGUUGGAGAUGUGACCCAGGUCUCAGAGAUCCUGAACGCAUACCUAGUCAGGGUGGGCGACAACGGGACCUGCCUUUGGGACCCCAACUUCCAGGGGCUCUGCAACCCACCCCUGACGGCAGCUACUGAGUACAGGUUCAAAUACGUCCUGGUCAACAUAUCCACAGGCUUGGUACAAGAUGAGACUCUAUGGUCGGAUCCCAUCCGUACCAACCGGCCUAUCCCGUACUCAGCCAUCGACACGUGGCCGGGCCGGCGGAGCGGAGGCAUGGUUGUCAUCACUUCCAUUCUGGGCUCCCUACCUUUCUUCCUGCUCGUGGGCUUUGCUGGAGCCAUUGUCCUCAGCUUUGUGGACAUGGGCAACUCUGAUGGGGAAACAACACACGACUCACAGAUCACCCAGGAGGCUGUCCCCAAGAUCUUGGGGACCUCUGAGCCUUCCUACGCGUCUGUGAAUCGUGGCCCACCCCUAGACAGAGCCGAGGUGUUCACCAGCAAGCUUCAAGACUGA